GCUAGAAGCGCUUCUUGAGCGGAAACUCUUCCAAAUAAAAAUGGGUCCCCUGGAUGGAAGGCCCAUCAUUGGGAUCUAAACCAUCCCCGGGAUAACAACCAACAAAAGCGACCCCACUCUGAAAAGAUACAAUCAUCAUGGCCCACAAACUUCAAAAAAACUCGUUUCAAAAGAAAGAAAGUUAUGGUUUGGAUGAAGCAGAGCUCGAUGUGGCUUAUAUAUUGAGUUACUUUUCAAGUAAGCCGGUUGCGCCGAUCAGGACCCCACACCCCUCCUGUAUUGCCAAUCUUGGUUCAGAUUUGGCAAUAGAAACGGCCAAGAGGAACAAGGCUGCUCGGAGAAAACAAACUUCUUUUCCUACCACCUCUGCCGCUCCUGCCUCACCCGCCGCUCCCGUUGUUCCCACCGCUCCUGCCACAUCUGCCGCUUCCACCAUUUCUGCCACGCCCGCUGUCCUUGCCGCUCUUGCCGCUUCCGCUGCUCCUACCACUCCCACCGCUCCCGGAGGCCUUUGUGAUCCAUUCACUUCGGAGGAGUUGUUGACUUGUGGCUCAUGCGGGAAAACGUUGUCAGAAAAGAGCGCUUUAAUCCGUCACAAGCAGGUUCAUGACGAAGGCUCUAAGAAAUACGUCUGCGGAGUGUGCGGCAAAAGGCAAAGACAAAGAUCAAAUUGGAAGCAUCAUGUAAUGACUCAUAUCGGCGAAAACAUCCCACCAGAGAUAUACGCCACAUUGGACGAUGAGUACAGGGCACUUUUGGCUGGAGAUGAAAGCCAUGUGCCUCGAAAUAUAUACGAGAAGCGGAUGGAAGUUGCUCGAAAGAAGAGGAUAAAGUACAAGAUUCCGUGAUUUCCUCAUUUGUCUGGUUUGACCUGAAAUCACCAACAGUAUUGACUGAAUUAUGCCUAUUAUGAUUGGAAAUACAUG